UCGUCACGUGGGCGAGUCAGGUGACGCUGCGGGGCGGGCGGACAGUCUGCGGGGCGGAGGGUGGACGCAGGGACGAGGUUUUAGCUCUGGCCCCUCCGACCUGCGCCCCGCCGCCGUUGCCGCCAUGACGGGCCUAGCGCUGCUCUACUCCGGGGUCUUCGUGGCUUUCUGGGCCUGCAUGCUCGUCGUGGGAAUCUGCUACACCAUCUUUGACCUGGGCUUCCGCUUUGAUGUGGCAUGGUUUCUGACGGAGACUUCCCCCUUCAUGUGGUCAAACCUGGGCAUUGGCCUAGCUAUCUCACUGUCUGUGGUUGGGGCAGCAUGGGGCAUCUAUAUUACUGGCUCUUCCAUCAUUGGGGGAGGGGUGAAGGCCCCCAGGAUCAAGACCAAGAAUCUGGUCAGCAUCAUCUUCUGUGAGGCUGUGGCCAUCUACGGCAUCAUCAUGGCAAUUGUUAUUAGCAACAUGGCUGAGCCUUUCAGUGCCACUGACCCCCAGGCCAUUGGCCAUCGAAACUACCAUGCAGGCUACUCCAUGUUUGGGGCUGGCCUCACAGUGGGCCUGUCAAACCUCUUCUGUGGAGUCUGUGUGGGCAUCGUGGGCAGUGGAGCCGCCCUGGCCGACGCGCAGAACCCCAGCCUCUUUGUAAAGAUUCUCAUCGUGGAGAUCUUUGGCAGCGCCAUCGGUCUCUUUGGGGUCAUCGUUGCAAUCCUUCAGACCUCCAGAGUGAAGAUGGGUGACUAGAUGACCUGUGCAGGCGGGGCCGUGCCCCCCUCUUAUUUAUUGGUGGUUUUCCCGGGACAGCUGGAGCUGUGCCCCUUAGCCUUUCAGGGGCUUGGUGUUCAGGGCCCUCCCUGCACUCACUCUUUUCUGCCUGUUGACUUGGAGGCGCUGCCUGGCUGGAUCCUCAGUGUGGGGAGUGGGCCACUGAUGACUGCGUGUGCAGCUGUGCACUCGUGUCCCCCCUCCACCCCCAACCCGUCUUCCCAGUGUUUGUGAAAUAAACGUGGUAUUUGUCUGGGUCA